AUGGGUGUUUCGGUUGGUUCACAAUCUGAAAAGGUUUCAAGGUGUUCCUUGAAGUUUUUGACUAGAAGGAAGCAGGUUGAUUCUGCAUGUAGGAACACAGAGGCUUUGCUUGCCAGGGAGUUAACGGUUCCUCAUCUCAUUGCAGUUGGUGUUGGUUCAACAAUUGGUGCUGGAGUGUAUGUUCUGGUGGGAACAGUUGCACGAGAGCAUGCUGGACCCGCUUUGGCCAUUUCUUUUCUGAUUGCUGGAUUAGCAGCUGCUCUUUCUGCCUUUUGCUAUGCAGAGUUGGCUAGUCGCUGCCCUUCUGCUGGCAGUGCAUAUCACUAUUCAUAUAUAUGUCUGGGAGAAGGUGUUGCUUGGUUGAUUGGCUGGGCCUUGAUACUGGAAUAUACAAUUGGUAGCGCUGCUGUUGCUCGUGGCAUAACUCCCCAUCUGGCUGCACUCUUUGGUGGUGUCGACAAUUUACCCCUCUUUUUAUCGCGCCAGCAUAUUCCUGGGAUAGAUAUUGUUGUGGACCCUUGUGCAGCAAUUUUGGCAUUAGUUGUUACCGGGCUCUUGUGCGUGGGGAUCAAGGAGAGUACAGUGAUACAAGGCAUAGUGACAUCAUUGAAUGUAUGUGCAUUGCUUUUUGUCAUAGUGUUUGGUGGUUACGUGGGAUUCAAGUCUGGAUGGGGUGGAUAUGAACUUCCUAUGGGGUUUUUUCCUUUUGGCUUUGAUGGGAUGCUGGCUGGUUCUGCAACAGUAUUUUUUGCAUAUAUAGGUUUUGAUGCAGUUGCUAGCACUGCUGAAGAGGUGAAAAAUCCUCAACGAGAUUUACCCCUUGGUAUUGGUGGUGCACUGUUUCUUUGUUGUGGACUGUAUAUGAUGGUGUCAAUUGUUGUAGUUGGUUUAGUACCUUAUUAUGCAAUUGAUCCAGAUACCCCAAUAUCCUCUGCAUUUGUUGAACAUGGGAUGCAAUGGGCAGCUUACAUUAUAAAUGCUGGAGCUUUCACAGCUCUGUGCUCAGCAUUGUUGGGUGGGAUACUUCCCCAGCCACGAAUAUUGAUGUCUAUGGCAAGGGAUGGGCUACUACCUCCAUUUUUUUCUGACAUCAAUAAGCAGAGUCAGGUUCCUGUUAAAGGCACAAUAGCUACUGGCGCUUUGGCUGCCGUCUUGGCAUUUUCUAUGGAAGUCUCUCAACUGGCAGGGAUGGUUAGUGUGGGUACGCUUUUAGCAUUCACUGUGGUGGCAAUAUCUGUUUUGAUCCUAAGAUAUAUCCCUCCAGAUGAAGUCCCAUUGCCUCCUUCCCUCCUGAAUUCGAUUGAUUCAGUGUCAAAGAAGUAUAGCUUGAGCAAUGUAGAUACAGAUGUUGGUACUAGUGAGGAUACAGCACCUUUAAUUGUUAACGAGGAUGUUUCGAUUGAUCAUCCUCUUAUUGCUAAACAUCUUGCUGUAGUCAAACAUCUAACCGAAGGUAAUAGGCGAAGAGUCACUGGGUGGAGCAUAGCAUUCAUAAGCUUUGGGGCGUUUAUCCUUACAUAUGCAGCUUCAGAUUUGACUCUUACUAGUUCUGUUCGCUUUUCAAUGGGUGGAGUUGGUGGUUUUCUUCUUUUGUCUGGUUUCGUUUACCUAACCUACAUAGAUCAAGAUGAUGCAAGACACAACUUUGGGCACUCUGGAGGUUUCACUUGCCCAUUGGUGCCACUGCUUCCCAUAGCUUGCAUUCUCAUCAACUCCUACUUACUUGUUAGUCUUGGAGAUGGUGCAUUGUUGCGGGUUUCUAUAUGGCUGGCGACAGGACUAUUAGUUUAUUUGUUUUAUGGCCGAACCCAUAGCACUCUAAAAGAUGCAAUUUAUGUGCCAGCAAAGCAAGUGGGUGAAAUUUGCCAGACUUCCAAAAACUCUGUUGCCUAA